GCGAGUGUUAUUUAUUUUAAUUUCAUUAAUUUAUAAUACAUUACAUCAACUUUUAAAUUUAUCGAUAUUUUAGCAUAAAGCAUUUACCAAAUAAAAUACCUACAUUACUUGCGUACAUGGCAUAAUAAAUAUGUGACUGUCUAGUGUCUUCACGAAAUUUCUGAGCAAGGAGGGGAUUCUUGUCAUCCUCUACCGCGGACCGAUGUUCGUGUAGCUUCAUUAGGAAAUAUUAUAUUCAAUAUAGAAUAAAUUGAGUCUAUUCUGAGACUUAUAAAGGGUACCCAAGAUGGCUGAGUCCGAUUUAACACAUGCAACUUCCAUAACAAUGGAUUCUAUGAAAGUUAUAGCAGAAACUGUUGGCAUCAGCAGUCUGGGCGAUGACGCCGCUAAAGAGUUAGCUGACGACGUAUCAUAUCGUCUUAAAGUUAUAGUUCAAGAUGCCAUGAAAUUCAUGCAUCACUCAAAAAGACAGAAACUUUCUAUUACAGAUGUGGAUAAUGCACUGAAAAUAAAAAAUAUAGAGGCUCAAUAUGGAUUUAUUCAACCGGAUUUCUUACCCUUCCGAUUUGCGUCUGGAGGUGGACGAGAACUUUAUUUUACGGAAGAAAAGGAAGUUGAUUUGUCUGAAAUAUUAUCAGCCCCUCCGCCUAAAAUACCUUUAGACGUGUCACUCAGAGCUCACUGGUUGAGUGUUGAUGGAGUUCAGCCAACUGUGCCAGAGAAUCCACCGCCAUUGUCCAAGGAGGCUCAGAAAUUAGAAUCUGUUGAUCCUAUAUCAAAACUGAGCAAACCAGCAAACAAAGAUGUUUCAGCUAAAGCCAUGUGUGGUAAAGCAGCACGGUUGAAAGCAUCAGAAUCUGUACACGUGAAACAAUUGGCAACACAUGAAUUGAGUGUGGAGCAGCAAUUGUAUUAUAAGGAGAUAACAGAAGCCUGUGUUGGCAGUGACGAAGCAAGACGUGCGGAAGCUCUUCAGUCACUGGCCUGUGAUCCUGGACUACACGAGAUGCUACCAAGGAUGUGUACAUUCAUAUCGGAGGGUGUAAAAGUGAAUGUUGUGCAAAACAACUUGGCCCUAUUAAUAUAUUUGAUGCGUAUGGUAAAGGCCAUGCUGGACAAUCAAUCUUUAUACCUGGAGAAAUACCUGCACGAGCUGAUACCGUCGGUGGCGACGUGCAUCGUGUCGCGUCAGCUGUGCAUGCGGCCCGAUGUUGACAACCACUGGGCGCUGCGAGACUUCGCCGCGCGACUCAUGGCGCAGAUCUGCAAGACCUUCAACACCUCCACUAACAAUCUCCAAACAAGAGUUACAAGACUAUUCUCUAAAGCCUUGCAGUGUCCAUCCCAGACGAAUAACGACAGUGGACCGUCUAUGGUCGCCACUAUGAAAGAGUCCGAGAAGACGCCGCUAGCGUCCUUGUAUGGUGCAGUGCAGGGGUUGGCUGAACUGGGAUCUGAAGUUGUAAAGGUAUUCAUCCUGCCGCGCGUGCGGUGGCUGGGCGAGCGCGUGGAGGGGGCGCUGAACGGCAUCGGCGGCGCGGACCGCCUCGCCGCCGGCAACCUCAAGCACCAGCUGCUCAAGGUGCUGGCGCCAGUCGUGAGGCAGCUGCGCCAGCCGCCAGACCUGCCUGAUGACUACAAGCGGGACUACGGCUACCUGGGUCCGGGUCUGCAGCAGCUGGUGAGCAAGCAGCGCGCGUCGCCGGCGGGCGGCGGCGCGGGGGGCGGAGCCGUCGCCGUCGUCACGUGCGCCCCGCCCCUCGUGCCCGCCACGCCCCCCGCCCCCGCCACCAAGAUUGUAGAAUCGGUGGCGCAGCGCAGCAUGGUGAUAUCGGGCGCGCCGCAGUCGCCGGCGCCGACCACGCCGCCGCCGCAAAAGUUCGUCAUCGUCUCGCAACAGAAAACACCGCAGACUCAGGCAGCGAGCAGCGCUGGUCACAUUGUCGUGCACAGCUCGCAGCCGACCAUAGUGCGCAGUCAAAAUGUGCAGUCGGUGGUGGUGACGAGCGGGCCGGCCGCGCCGCAGAAGCUGGUGGUGGUGGGCGUACACCCGCCGAGCUCCGCCCCCGGCCCCGCCCCCACCGCCGCGGCGCCCGCUACCUCCGCCGGCGUCAGCCAGGCGCCGGUGUCGGUGGUGGCGAAGCCUGUGUUCUCGCGGGGCGGCGCGGGGGGUGCGGGGGGCGCGGGCGGGCCGCAGCCGCCGCCCGAGCUCGACGAUCUCUCUCACCUCGCCUGACGACCCAAAACGUACAGGAUCAACGACUAGAAGAGAGAAGUGACCAGACCUACUGUCAGAUUAUAUGCGUUACACUUAAGGUACCGCAUCCAAAUUCCAAAUAUUGUUCAUCCAGAACGUACGACUACGGAGUCCUCGACGACUAGACGAGAGAAGAGACCGGAGUCUGCUGUUAGAUUAUACGUUACACAUUAAGGUACCGCACC